ACACCAACUGUUUGACAAAACACCUCGGUGCCAAACAUGAACACUUUCAUCAAAGUCUUGUUAUUUUUACUGUUUUCCAAGGUUUUUUACUGGAGGGUAUGUUAUGGUUCAUAUUACUCUACUUUUAUAAGCAGUAAUUCUGGUAGACAUGGGUUUGUUACUGAUGAACAACCACUUUCCAAGAUUGCUAUUCAUAAGGCUGUUUUUGGUUUUCAUGAAUCAGCUUCUGUUAAGGUUGACCCUGUUCUGCUUGGUGUGAAGGGUGAGGAUACUGCAUGGGUCAAUGUGGAGCUCAAGUACCCAGAGCCAUCCGAGAAUGACUGGGUUGGUGUUUUUUCACCAGCAAACUUCAAUGCAUCAGAUUGCUACUCUGUAUCUGGAAAAUCACAUGAGGCUCCUUGCAUAUGCACAGCCCCGAUAAAAUACAUGUUUGCAAACCAGUCCAAUUCCAAUUAUGUAACAACAGGAAAAGCUACAUUGAGUUUCCAGAUUAUCAAUCAGCGAGCGGAUUUCUCCUUUGCAUUAUUUUCCGGCGGGCUGGAAAAUCCAAAAUUGCUGGCUGUUUCAGAUCCCAUAUCAUUUGCAAAUCCUAAGGCUCCUGUUUAUCCACGCCUUGCUCAUGGAAAGGCUUGGGAUGAGAUGACAGUUACCUGGACAAGUGGGUACAACAUUGAUGAAGCCGUUCCAUUUGUCGAGUGGGGUUGGAAGGACCAUACUCCUAAGCGUUCUCCAGCAGGAACAUUGACAUUUACUCGUGGCAGCAUGUGUGGUCCACCUGCACGUACGGUUGGAUGGCGUGAUCCUGGUUUUAUACACACUAGUUUCCUAAAGGAAUUGUGGCCAAACACUAUAUAUAAUUAUAGAAUCGGGCAUAUGCUGGUGAAUGGAUCAGUGGUUUGGAGUAAAAUGUACUCAUUCAAAUCGUCCCCGUAUCCAGGACAAGAUUCAUUGCAGCGUGUUAUAAUUUUUGGUGACAUGGGGAAGGCAGAACGUGAUGGCUCAAACGAGUAUGCUUGUUAUCAGCCUGGAGCACUUAUUACUACUGACCAAUUAAUCAGUGAUCUUGAUAACUAUGACAUAGUUUUCCAUAUAGGGGAUAUGCCAUAUGCAAAUGGAUAUCUCUCACAGUGGGACCAGUUCACAGCACAAGUUGAACCCAUUGCAUCAAUAAAGCCUUACAUGGUUGCAAGUGGCAACCAUGAACGGUCUUGGCCCAAUUCUGGAGGCUUUUACAAUACUAAAGAUUCAGGUGGGGAGUGUGGUGUGCCUGCUGAGACCAUGUACUAUGUUCCUGCAGAGAAUAGAGCUAAAUUUUGGUACUCAACAGAUUAUGGGAUGUUUCACUUUUGCAUAGCAGAUUCAGAGCAUGAUUGGAGGGAGGGUUCGGAACAGUAUGCAUGGAUAGAAAAGUGUCUGGCAUCAGUUGACAGAAAAAAACAGCCAUGGCUGAUCUUCUCUGCUCAUCGUGUGCUUGGCUAUUCUUCAAAUGACUGGUAUGCCCAGGAAGGUUCAUUUGAAGAGCCCAUGGGAAGAGAACAUUUGCAGAAGCUUUGGCAGAAAUACAAGGUGGAUAUUGCAUUUUAUGGACAUGUCCAUAAUUAUGAAAGGACCUGUCCUAUAUACCAGAACCAAUGUGUCAACCCGGAACGGUAUUCUUAUUCUGGCACCGUCAAUGGUACGAUCCAUGUUGUUGUUGGUGGAGGAGGAAGUCAUUUGUCGGAUUUUACUACGAUUGAUACAGUUUGGAGUUUGUAUAAAGAUCAUGACUGGGGGUUUGUAAAACUCACAGCAUUUAACCACUCUUCACUUCUUUUCGAGUACAAGAAGAGUCGGGAUGGACUUGUUUAUGAUAACUUCACAAUUACAAGAGACUAUAGGGAUGUCUUGGCAUGUGUGCAUGACGGGUGUGAACCUACCACUUUAGCAAGUUAAAUAGAUAUGCAAGUUAUUUGUACUUUAUUUGGCGUUGCCCCUUACCUGAACACAUUAAGUUUAUAUGGUCAGCUUGCAGGUUAGUAAAGCUUAUAUACAUUGUACCCAGAAACUCAAAGCCUAUUGUUUCAUGAAUGAAUAUUGAUAGAUCAUAGUCAUUAAUAACGUUUUUGUACCAUGUAAAAUUAAAUUUGUACAAUUUGUGGUUUUAUUUCCCUGUAGAACUAUUGCAGUUAAACAUGUUAAAUUAAGUUUGUACAAUUUCCACA